GCCUCAACACGAAUUACUUACCGUUUGCCUUGCAGCGGCGAUCGACUGUGGUUGCCAGCACCCCAGCGCCAGGAUCCGCCCCUAGGAUCCCGGAUUCGCCCAGCACCAACAGCAACAGCAGCAGCAACAUCAACAUCACCAAUAGCCAAUACAGCAACAACAGCCCCAUCAGUCUCAGCUGGAGGCAGCCAUCCUGGCUAGACAGAAGCCCCUUGGCCACCACAGACGCAACCGGAACCAUGUCGAUGAACACCAACUUCGACUCGGCCAGCUUGCCCAGCAUGAGCAUGGACCACUCGCUGACGGAGUUGGUCAAGGAAGGCUGGCUGAUGAAGCGGGGCGAGCACAUCAAGACCUGGCGCCAGCGCUACUUUGUUCUCCACUCCGACGGACGUUUGAUGGGCUAUCGCAGCAAGCCUGCAGACAGCGCCAGCACUGCCUCGGAUUCGCUGCUCAACAACUUCACGGUGCGCGGCUGCCAGAUCAUGACCGUGGAUCGGCCCAAGCCCUUCACCUUUAUAAUCCGCGGCCUGCAGUGGACCACGGUCAUCGAGCGCACCUUCGCCGUGGAUACAGAACUGGACCGUCAGCAAUGGACAGAGGCCAUCCGCAACGUGUCCAGUCGUCUAAUUGAUGUGGGCGAGGUGGCCAUGUCGCCGUCGGUCCAGACAGACAUGAGCGACGUAGACAUGGGGGUAGAGCUCUCCGAGCAAUUCUCCGUAAAGGGCACCACCUGCAACAGCAGCGGCGUUAAGAAAGUGACUUUAGAGAAUUUUGAGUUCCUCAAGGUGCUCGGCAAGGGCACCUUCGGUAAGGUUAUUCUGUGCCGCGAGAAGGCCACCGCCAGGCUGUACGCGAUCAAAAUUCUCAAAAAGGAAGUAAUCAUCCAGAAAGACGAGGUGGCACAUACUCUGACCGAGAGUCGUGUGCUCAAGUCCACCAAUCAUCCGUUCCUCAUUUCACUUAAAUAUUCGUUUCAAACCAACGACCGCUUGUGUUUCGUGAUGCAGUAUGUGAACGGGGGCGAGCUUUUUUGGCAUUUGAGCCACGAACGCAUCUUCACUGAGGACCGCACCCGCUUCUAUGGCGCAGAGAUCAUUUCUGCUUUGGGCUAUCUGCAUUCACAGGGCAUCAUCUACCGCGACUUGAAGCUGGAGAAUCUUUUGCUGGACAAAGAUGGCCACAUCAAAGUCGCUGACUUCGGUCUGUGCAAGGAGGAUAUAACCUAUGGCCGCACAACGAAAACCUUCUGCGGCACACCGGAAUACCUAGCUCCGGAAGUAUUAGACGACAAUGACUAUGGCCAGGCGGUGGACUGGUGGGGUACCGGCGUGGUUAUGUACGAGAUGAUCUGUGGUCGUCUUCCGUUUUACAAUCGUGAUCAUGAUGUGCUGUUUACAUUAAUUUUGGUAGAGGAAGUCAAGUUCCCACCCAAUAUCACAGAUGAGGCGAAAAAUCUGCUAGCAGGUCUACUGGCCAAGGAUCCCAAGAAGCGUUUGGGCGGUGGCAAGGAUGAUGUCAAUGAGAUAAAAGCACAUCCCUUUUUUGCGAGUAUUAACUGGACAGAUCUGGUGCUGAAAAAGAUACCGCCGCCUUUCAAGCCUCAGGUCACAUCCGAUACGGAUACAAGGUACUUCGACAAGGAGUUUACGGGAGAGAGUGUGGAGCUAACGCCGCCGGAUCCCACCGGACCUUUAGGCUCCAUAGCCGAAGAGCCGCUAUUCCCGCAGUUCAGCUACCAAGGGGACAUGGCCUCCACGUUGGGCACCUCGUCGCACAUUAGUACUUCCACAAGUCUCGCAUCGAUGCAAUAGAACAAGUUUACAAACUUUUACAAGCACACAUCAUGUUCUGCUUCAUCACCUAUUACUAUACUAUACCUAUAACAUAUAGAAAUGGGCAAAAGAAAACAAAAAGCAAGAAUAUAUUAAAUAAUAAUUAUACCAUGAUAACGAAGGCAAGCAAAGGGUUUUCUUGCUAGUUUAUAUACACCAAUAAUAAGAGAAUUCAAUUGAUAGUAACUUAUUUUUUUAUAACAAGAAAGAGGGAAGCCUAAGCCGAGGAAAAUAAUUUACUACAUAUGAUUAUACACAUAUAUAUAUACAUAUAUAUAUAUACAUAAUUAUAUAUACAUUAAAUAUAACACUUGGGGCAUUGCGCUUACAGUGGUUAGUUAAUUUUAAAUACAAGCAAAACAUUUAAUUAAGCGGCUCAGAGACGGUUCGUUUUAGUAGUAGGAUAAUGGCAUGCAUCCUAGGAACUUGUAAGCAAACGCAUCAUCUAAGGGCCGCUUAAGCUGAUUAUACAGACUAUUCACGCAGACAGCACUCACACACAGACACUUAGCAUAUAGCAACAUGAAGUUAAGUUAACUGAACAGCAACAAAUCGAAAUACACUUACUAAGCCCCUCCCCCACAUGCAACACUCGUAUACAUUACAUUACAUUAUUUAUACUCCAAAGAAGCAAAAGGAAACAGAAAAAUUACGAGUUAUAUGUUAAAAAUGCCUCUAAUGUGCUGUGCUUUAUGCAAAACUACAACAGAAACAAACUAAUAGUUAAUAAAAGACGGAACCUUACAUCAAUGCAGUUUAUAGGCGCCAAUAAUUAGCAAACAACUAAAAGUUAUAUUCAGGCCGAAACCUAUUUCAAAAACAAUAACAACAAAAUUAUUAAAAUUGCCGCCAUUUUUUAUUAUAAUUUUUUACGACAAAAUAUAUUUGUACAUAUUUAUAAAAAAAGCAAAAAUCCUUUUAAAUGAGAAAAAAUUUAAAAAAAAAAACAAAAAUUAAAAGUGUCUGGUGGAAAAUGGAUGCUUCCGUUUUGGGGCGCCAGAAAAGGUUUAACCUUUGACACAAGAAAAAAAAUUUAACUUUGUCAUUUAAUUUUUGGCAUUGAAAAAUUCAUAACAAAUUUUGUAUACUUAGAGCAAGUCAGGCAAAAAUUUAUAUAAAUCAACCACAACAGACUUACAAAUAGUUCCACACGGAAAAUUAAAACAAAAUUAUAUAAACGGAAAAACUUAAAAAGAAAAAAAGAAUUUUUGAUAUUUUUAUAUGCGCAAUAAAAAUAAAAAUCAUAAAAAGUACGAAAACCAAACAAAAAAGUUAUUUUAUAUUUCAAAAUGAAAAGUAAAAUAAAUUCUGUAAAUAAAAUUAAUUAAAUAAAAUCACGUUCGGGAAUUUCAACUUAAAAAGCGAAGAAGUGAAAGCAUAAUCUCUCUUCUAAAUGUUAAACAAAACCUAUCAAUCGAUGAACACAAUAAACAGCAAAUUGAAAACGAAGCGAUAUGAAACGAUAAAAAUGCCAAAGAAGCGGCAGAGUUAGGUGGAACUCGAGGAGAACCGUCAGUAAACAGCCAGUCGGGCUAGUUCGGUUAGAGUCUUUGACUUGUGAUGGUUCCAAAUCAUGACUAGGAACGAACUAACUAGCUUAAGCAGCUCAAGCCAACGAGAUAUAUCAGAUAGCUCCGAUUUAACCAAUCAAUAUAUCUUUGAACAGUUUGGAGGUCCUUGCUUUCUGCUCCCCAAGCUUGCGGCUGACAUCUAGGCUAGCCAAUAUCAAUCUCAGAUCGAUCAAGCAAUACAUAGACAAAAUAUAGAACCCCUUAAGCAUGGCUUACUAGACAUACAACCCGAGAACGACUUCAACCGACGAAACCCAAGAAACCUUUUGAUAGACUCGUUAAAAAAAAAGUCAGCCCGAAUAAGCGGAACCAGCUAGAGAUCUAUAGCAAAGACUUAGAAAUCUGUUAGGGACUUCUGAAACAAAUUGAAUACUAGCCUUAAUGAACGUAAACAUCUCUAGUAUCCCAAGUCGAAGCAUUUUCCCCCCGCCGAAGGGGCAGGAAGAAAUCUAUAAAAAUAGUUGUCUAAGUUUACUGAUUUUUGUAAGACAAUUUUGAUUUCAGUUUAUUAACAAACACACUCACACGAACUGCAAACUACAAUGUGUUCUAAAGCAAAAUAAUUAAACAAAAUGGUUUAAAAAAUGACUAUAUGACAGAAACCGAGAGAGAUAUAUCCAGUCAGAUCGUAGAUCAAGUCGAGCAACUUGAGUUGUUUUUUGUAAUGUAGAAAGAAAAACACAGCCCCCGUUCCCACAACCUAGAUCCAGGUCCAUGCCCCAAUAAUAACCGAAUAUUUGAAUAGCUGUAAUUUUUGAUAGGCGAAACUGCGGAUUUCGCACAGUUUUAAUUAUUAAUAAUACUAAAUAAUGAUAAUAAUGACUAAGCUGAUUUAUAAAUCGAUUCAAGAUCGAGCUAAAAACGAAAUAUACAGCACUAUGUAUAUUCAAAAAGGACUAACAUCAACUGAGCAGCAACCAUGUAGAUAAUGUACUAUCUGCAUAAGUACUAUAAUGAUUACGAUUAAUUUAUACGCGCUUACGCAUACCAACAUGCAUACAUUAUGAGAAAUAUAUAUAUAUAUAUAUAUACAGGAUAUAUAUACGAUAUAAGGUGUGUAUGUAUCUUAUACAUGCAUUCAAACCAAGUUUAUUAUACUGUGAAAACAUAAUAAUAAAAGUACAGAAAAUUAA